AUGGCCUCGUCCAAAUUUCUUCCUCACGAGCCUCACGAGGGGGGGAAUCAUCGCAAAAUCCGAGUCGCCAUCAUUGGCGCAGGAAUCUCUGGACUUGCCGUUGCCAACGGCUUGCUGAAGGACCCAGUUGGGGGGAAAUUCGAUGUCCAGGUCUUCGAACGCGACACAAUUGCAUUCAACUCGGAGCGGGGCGGGUAUCAGCUUCGCAUCAGCGCCAAUGGCCUAAAUGCUCUAAAGACAGUGUCUGACCCUGAACUUUGGUCCUCAAUUCGCGAGGUCUGGGCCGGUGAUCAGGCGGCAGCGCCUACCAUUGUUGAUCCCGGUACUUUUGCGAUUUUCCAGCGCCUGGGCGACCUUAAAUUGUAUCCCAAGAGUCAGGCCAUACCCAGACACGGACUGCGUGGUGCUCUUCUGCAGCCGCUACUCGUCCAAGGGCGGGUUCACUUCGACCAUACCUUUACGCGUUUUGAGCUCAUGCCGGGUGAUCGAGGCGGCGUGCGGGUGCAUUUCAAUGGCCAGGCUUCACAGGAUGCCGACAUUCUCAUCGCAUCAGAUGGCAGCGGCAGCCAGGUCAACCGGCAGGUCGGCCUUAAAAACAAGAUCAAGCUACAGGCCCAGACCUUGAUCCAGUCUCGCGGCACCAUUUCACGAUCUGUACGCGAUAAACUACCCGAGUCGCUCGUCCAGUCUGGCUCAGUGAUGUUCUUGGGGGGCACAGAUGCCACUGGAUUUGCAUCUGUCUAUGAGCCCAAGAAAGACCCUGGUCUCGGCGGCACAGAAUCAUACACAUUGUUCUGGUCGAUUCUUAUACCCAGAGCUCGGGGUGACGACUUGAUAGAGAAGGCCGGCUCGAAUCCUCAGAAGAUUGUUCCUCACCUUAUCAGUUACUUACGAAACGACCUUGGUUACGGCGAACCUUUGCCACUCAUCAUCCAGUCGGCGACUGACUACGUCCGGACGGGCCUUGUGACCAGUUCUGUCAAGCCAAAGACGGAUUGGCGAAAUGGCGUCGACAAGAAUUCCCGAGUGAUCCUCCUCGGUGACGCAGUGCAUCCCAUGACGCCCGGUCGAGGCAUGGGUGCAAACCAGGCAUUGACUGACGCUGGCAAUCUUGUCAAUCUUUUUCACCACACAAUGUUCGAACAGGGUGUGCCGUAUGAUGGAGAGAUUGCCGCGUUAGUGCGCACAUUCGACGCAGAGAUGUACACGCGCGCAUUCAAGAUGGUGAAGGCCAGUGAGGCCGUGACUACGCUGGACUUGACGACGGUGUCGGGCAAGACGAUUGCAACUUUUAUUAGAACGGCUAUGACCGUGAUGGGAUGGUUCGUUUCAGCCUUGGAGAUGGUAGGUUUGAAAGACAAGGUAAAGGUAGACUAUAUGUCGCAUGAGAAGUAG